GAGCCUCUGAUCUCCGCCUGCCUCAAUACAGAGCGGCUGGGAGGGGGAGAUCGGACCCCAAAGUUAAAGCGGAGCCCCGCCCCCCUUCCAUGUCCUCGGCACUGCGCAGUCACCAUCUGGGUUAUUGAAUGAACACGGACGUCCAUUGGUCGCUCUGGGGAGGGCGGCGAUUGGCAGGAGGACUCCAUGGGGUGGAUCCUCCAAAGGAAGAGGUGGAACUAGUGGAGAAAAGGGCAUGAAGCCUCCACUUCCGGAACUAAACCGGGCAACGACUGAGCUGCCAGAAUCGGCGACAGAGGAGGCGGUUUGAUGCAGGAGGACGGAGGAUGGCAGCAGAUGCAGGAAAGAGGCGCUGCCCAGGAGGAGGAGGGGGAGGAGAGCGGGCCCCGCGGAGCAGCCCUGACCGGUUCCGGCACGGCUUCCCCGGGAGACAGCGGGGAAAGGCCGGGGGGCUCCGGGGCUGCAGGAGGGAGGAGCCCAGCAGAGCCCGGGAAAGGUGGCUGCCUGGAGGGCGAUGCGGGGAGGAGGAAAUGGGCGGAGACCCCGAGAUGGGCCUGGAGGGCGGAGGCUCCUUCGGAAGACCCCCAAAGCCCCGAAGGAUCCGGGAGGAAGCAAAGGAAUAUCCAUGCCCAGAAUGUGGAAAAUCCUUCAAAAGAAAUCAUCAUCUCCAAAGGCAUCUUAGCAUCCACUCAGGAAAAAAACCUCAUAAAUGCCUGGAGUGUGGAAAGAGCUUCCGUCAAAGGGAAAAUCUCCAUUCACAUCAAAGACUCCAUUUAGAAAACCAGUACCAAUGCUGGCAAUGUGAAAAAUCCUUCAAAACAAUUCAAAUCCUUGAAAAACAUGUAAGAAUCCAUUCAUUAGAGAAACCAUUUAAAUGCCUGGAGUGUGGAAAGAGCUUCCAUCAUUGGAGUAACUUCGAUAUACAUGAAAGAAUCCAUUCAGAAGAAAAAAAGUAUGAAUGCCCAAAAUGUAAAAAAUCCUUCAAAAGAAACGACCAUCUUCAAAGGCAUCUAAUAAUCCACUCGGUAGAAAAACCUCACAAAUGCCUGGAGUGUGGAAAGAGCUUCAGUCAGAGGGGACAUCUUUAUAGACAUCAAAGAGUCCAUUUACAAGAAGAGUUUGAAUGUGGGGAAUGUGAAAAAUCCUUCAAAACAAUUCAAAUUCUUGAAAAACAUCUAAGAAUCCACAAGCCAAAUAUAUGCCUGGAGUGUGGAAAGAGCUUCAGUCAAAGGGGAAGUCUUGAUAGCCAUCAAAGAAUCCACACAGGAGAAAAACCCUACAAAUGCCUGGAGUGUGGAAAGAGCUUUACUGAGGGUGGACACCUCCGUCGACAUCAAAGAGUCCACACAGGAGAAAAACCACAUAAAUGCCUGGAAUGUGGAAAGUGUUUCAGUAGGAGAGGAACACUGUAUGGACAUAAAAUGAUUCACACAGGAGAAAAACCGCAUAAAUGUCUGCAGUGUGGAAAGAGCUUCAGUCAGAAAGGAACCCUUGACGGACAUCAAAGAAUCCACUCAGGAGAAAAACCCUACAAAUGCCUGGAGUGUGGAAAGAGCUUUAUUGAGCGUAGUAGCCUCCGUCGACACCAAAGUGUCCACACAGGAGAAAAACCACAUAAAUGCCUCGAAUGUGGAAAGUGUUUCAGUCGGAGAGGACACCUUAAAAGACAUCAAAAAAUCCACUCAUGGGAGAAACCAUAUAAAUGUCUGGAGUGUGGAAAAAGCUUCAGUCAGAGAGGAAAACUUUCACUCCAUCAAAAAAUCCAUUCCGGAGAAAAACCACAUUAAUGCCUGGAGUGUGGAAAGAGCUAUACUCAGUGUAGGGGCCUCCAUCGAUUCACGCGGGAGAAAAAUUAUAAACAUGAGUGUGAAAAGCCUUCAGUCCCAGAGUGUAUCUCAGGAAUUGAAUUGAAUUGCGCAUUAAAUCUGGCCAAGUGUGAAUAGGCACACUAGGAAUUUGUCUUAAGCUCUCAGUGUACAUACAAAGCAACAGAAUAAUGAUAUUCAUGAUAAUUAUAAUAAUUCCAAUAUGAGGGCGGAGUAAAGAAGAUAUUAAGAAGGGUAAAUAAUAACUGCCAAAUAAGGGACUUUCCCAGGCUGAAUAAUAAAGGGCUUUUUCAAUUGUACAUAUGAGAUGUUUCAACUGGCUGAAAUUGUACUUUUUCACAACAGACUUUCCUGAUUCAUGAUGCCAUUUCCCAUCUGGACGUUCUUUUAAUGCAAGGCUCAUUAUUGUAAUAUGGGAUGUUAAUUUCCAUGUCUCUGAUGUAACUGUAACUGAGCAAGGUGAUUUCUUCCAGGGUGGAUUUGAUUUAAAUCACGUUGUUUUAAAUCACGAUUUAAUUUAUUAUGUAAAUCACUAGCAAAAAGGCCCAUGGUUACUGUGAAAUUGUGUGAAUGUAUCAGUGCAGUGCAUGUUAUCUCAGCUUGCAGAGCUUGGAUUCAUUGAAUGAGUUUCCCAGAAAUUUAAAUAUUGCAGAAAAUACCCCUUCAUGCUUCAUAACUAAGCUCCAUUUCAUGCUGAAUAAACUAAAUUGUUAAUACAUCUUAAAUAUAGAACGAUCUUUAGAUAGAUUUUUACAUCAAAAGCAUUUUAUUGAAAUGAAUUUGCUAAAAAUAAAAAACCCGAUUUCAAUAAAAAAAAAUCUA